UCUCUCUCUCUAAAAACACACGCUCUCUCUCUCUCUAGAUACUCCUCUUCCCCCUUCUCUCUCAAGACUCUCGCUCCCUCCCUCUCUAUCAGUCAAGGGGUGUUCUUCCUCCGAUAAGCUUCGCGAGGGAAGAUGGAAGCUAACAGGGGUCAAGGAGGAAUCCAGCUCUUGCUUGCUGCAGAGCAAGAAGCUCAACACAUUGUCAAUGCGGCAAGGAGUGCGAAAAUGGCUAGGCUAAAGCAGGCCAAAGAAGAGGCCGAGAAGGAGAUUGCUGAGUUUCGUGCCCAGAUGGAAGCUGAAUUUCAGAGAAAAGUUGCAGAGAGCAGCGGAGAUACGGGUUCAAACGUUAAACGCCUCGAACAAGAGACAGAGGCGAAGAUCCAGCACCUGAAAAUGGAGGCCUCGAGCAUUUCCCAUGAGGUGGUUCACAUGCUUCUCAAGCAUGUCACUACAGUGAAGUACUGAUCUCUUUAUCUGUCAGUACUUACCUUCCUUUGAACUGUUACUCUCCAUUCCCUUCAUUUGGAGAUGCCUUCAUUUUGUUGUGUAAGACUCCAAUAAGAUGUUUGUUGCCUUCCCCUCUUAUGUACAUUUGUUGGUUGGUUUGGGCUUUGUUCUUGCUUUGCUUCAUUUUUUUGAGAUAUUUGAGUUCAUACAUUAGUAAUUUUUGCAUUAGUUCA